AUGUUUCGAAACCCACGAGAAAAUUCCAAGACAUCGAUUGAGGCACCUCUAAAACCCUCGACUGGCAGACCACCGACACCACCGAACGGUAUCUCCAACCCUCAUCCACUACCAUCCGCAAUGGCGAGUCGAAGCUCUACGAAACCACUCACGCCACGUCCGAACUCGAAAUCAAACGUGCCAAUGCCGAAUCGGCCGAGCACCAAGAAAGCCGCUCCCUCGAGGACUCCAAAGAAGGGCAAUAAUAGCAUCCUAAAUUUCUUUAAGAAAGUCGAUUCUCCUAUGAAAGAUGACUCGAUUUUCCUGUCUCAGGGAUCUCAAGCCAACCAGCUCCCUGCGCAUCCAGCACUCGGUGCUGAUAUUUUAGACGAGGCAUUGGAUGAUAUAUAUGGGGACAACGAGAUUGAGAGGUUCAACGAGAAAGCAGGGCCCGUGAAGAAGCGAAAGACGUUGAACACAGGCUCACUGAGCGGGGCAGAUAAGAAUGGCGAAGAGGAUGUAUCAAUGGAUGUUGAUGGUACCGGAUUUCUCGGAAAAUCUCUCCCAGCAAAGGAUGCUUGUACACCACCUCCUCCACAACCUGCUACCAAGUUCAAAUCAAAGAAGCCGCGGCGAAAAGGACCCUUCCUCUCGGACUCAGAAAGUGAUUACGAAAUUGACUUCGAGACUAACAAAGCCAACCAAGCUAUUGCUCUAGGGGCGGAAAAGAGGGAGCUUCGAACUCGUGUCUCGAAACAACCAGAUUCGAACGAAGUAGUGGAGACGAACCCCGUAGAGCAAGAAGACAUACUAGUAAACCAACCUGUCGUGCCAGAAGUGAAGUCUGUCAGGCCACUGUAUAGGCGGCGAACAAGAGUACCUGUUGCAAAAGCACAAGCAAAGUGGGAGGCUCUACAACCUAGCUCGAGAUCCUCAAGUAGAUCAAGCUCGGAUCGUGGUUCAGAGGGGAAGAUGUCUAGCCCGGUAGAAUUACCAAAGGAAGAGAGUCCAGCCCUGCCGGACAUUCCGACUUUGAAAAAGGAAGCUACUAGUAUUGAUGAAUGGAGCAAGUUUGAUGAUUUCGAAGAGUUUCCUGAUGAUGAAUUCGCUGACGGCGAAGAGUUUGUGGAGAGGAAGUGGAUGGAGGAACAAGCAAGGCUGGAGGCAGCAGAAGCCGGGCAAGAGUUUAAUGGCAAUGACCAUGACCAUGUCGACGGAAUGGCCCCAGAAGAAGAAAUGAUGGCCUCUUGUCCGAUUUGCAGUGUCCACCUUGGUGGAAUUACCCCUGAUGAAGCUACGAGACAUGUCAAUGGCUGUCUGGAUGGUAAUCCGAUACCCUUGCCAAAGCUCGUCAAAACAGAAUCUUCAGAGGUGAAGAUGAUGCCCCAAGGAGCCAGCAGUCGCUUCGCGCGAAAGGCAGCAGUACCUAGACCAGGUCAAGCAAAUCCGAUCGAAGCUGAUGGAAAGGAUGUCACGGCUACGUCUGCAUUCUCAAAAAUCAUGUCAGGUCAUGCAGAAGACGCCGCCUGGGCUACUGCGGCAGCUGCUGAAAACUCCUCGAGAGGAAAGCCUGCUUACCAGAGGACUUGUCCUUUUUACAAGAUCAUGCCUGGUUUCUUCAUUUGUGUCGAUGCUUUCAGAUACGGUGCUGUUCAGGGUUGUAAUGCAUACUUUUUAAGUCAUUUCCACAGUGACCAUUAUAUUGGUUUGACAGCUUCAUGGUGUCAUGGUCCGAUAUAUUGCAGUAAGGUUACGGGCAAUCUGGUCAAGCAGCAAUUACGAGUUGAUCCUAAGUGGGUAGUGUCUUUGGAUUUUGAGGAACGAUCUGAAGUUCCUGGCACGCAAGGAGUAGCAGUCACAAUGAUACCUGCAAAUCAUUGCCCCGGCAGUUCUCUCUUCCUAUUCGAAAAGGUCAUAGGGAAAGGAAACACUCCUAAGAUCCAACGUGUUCUCCACUGUGGCGACUUUCGCGCCUGUCCAGCGCAUCUCACUCAUCCACUCCUGAUGCCAAACAUCGUCGACUCUCUUACAAGCAAGACAAAACAGCAAAAGGUUGAUGUCUGCUACCUAGAUACAACCUACCUCAAUCCACGCUACGCUUUCCCCUCGCAAGAAGAAGUCAUUAAAGCAUGUGCAGACAUGUGUGUAUCCCUGAAAAAGGAACGCGCCGAAGAUGGUGACGCUUGGGAGACAGCCAAACGUGAGCGCGCCGGUUCCAGCAUGGCGAAAUUCAUCGCCUCAGCACCUGCCCCCAAGCCUGAAGAUGACAGUAUAGCCAUGUCUCUCAACUCCGAAAAGGCUCGAGGAAGACUACUGAUCGUGUGUGGGACCUACAGCAUUGGUAAAGAGCGCAUUUGUAUGGGUAUCGCUCGAGCUCUCGACUGCAAGAUCUGGGCUCCCCCAGGCAAGAUGCGCAUUUGUGCCGCGCUGGAAGAUCCAGAACUGAUGAGCCGCAUGACGGAUGAUCCGAAGGAGGCGCAAAUCCAUAUGCAGAUGCUGAUGGAAAUUCGGCCGGAGACGUUACAUGAGUAUCUGACUGGGUAUAAGCCGCAUUUUAGUCGGAUCGUGGGAUUCAGGCCUAGUGGGUGGAAUUACAAGCCACCUACUUCGAGAUUAACCACCUCCCCGACCCUCCAAAACAUCCUACACUCCCCCUCCUGGUCCUCGCACUUCUCCCUGCACGACCUAACACCCCAACGCGGCUCCACACGCGAAGCAUCCUGUUUCGGCGUCCCUUACUCAGAGCAUAGCUCGUUCCGCGAACUUACCAUGUUUGUUUGUGCCUUGAGGAUUGAAAAGAUCGUGCCGACGGUUAAUGUGGGAAGUGCGGCGAGUCGGAGUAAGAUGAAGGUGUGGAUCGAGAGGUGGCUUGCGGAGAGGAGAAAGAACGGCACGAUUACGCUGGGGAGUGGGGAGGAUCAGGUUAGAUGGUAG